AUGGUGCGGGAGGCAAUCGAGGUCCUGGGAGGCGCGGCCUCGAAUGUCGACGUGACCAGCUGGGUUAUGGGCAAGUACCCAGGGACCAACAAGACCACGAUUCAGUGCCAGAUGAUCGCCGGCACGGUCAACCAUCCUUCGCGGGUGCACUACGGGGUCGAUGUCCGGUCGCGUGUCUGCGACAACCCGUUGUUCGACCAGUUCUUCCGCCCGGAGUCGGGACGCAUCGAACUCUACUCCCCCGAGCAGCACGGGAUGUGGGAGCUCUUCGAAACGCCCGACGGGCGGUUCUCGGUCCGCCAGUGCGGCGAUGAGGUCCAGCCUAGCGCGGAUGACGACACGGGCCACGCAUUCGCGGCCGAGACGCACCUGCGAGACUACCUCGCCCAGCACCUGGAUGAGAUCGAACCGGGGUUGCAGCUCUACGUGCAUCCCGAUGAGCGAAUCGGGGUCGAGUUUAUCACCGAGGUAGGGCGUAUCGAUAUCCUGGCCGUGGACGGGCAGGGCGCCUUCGUAGUGAUUGAGCUGAAGGUCGCCCGCGGUCCUGACUCGGUCGCUGGUCAGAUACUGCGCUACAAGAACUGGGUCAAACGGCAUUUGGCCAACGGGCAAUCCGUGCGGGGGAUCAUCAUCGCCCAGCAGAUCACAGACAAGAUCAAGUACGCGAUCGCCGACGACCCCGAGGUGGCGGCCAAGGAGUACGAGAUCAAAAUCGCGCUGCGCAAUGUGGUAGGAAUCUGGCGGCUCGGCAAUACGCUCAGCCGGAUCGAGUUUGAGCCGAUCGAGUCGGAGUCGAAACUCGAGGACACCAUCGCGGCGGACCUGUCAGUCUUGUCGCCGGGGCUGAUGCUGCUGGGGCGACAGAUUCCAACCGCGCACGGCAAGUUCAUCGACCUGCUGGCGAUGGACCGCGACGGCAACCUGGUCGUGAUCGAGCUGAAGCGGAACAAGACGCCGCGCGAGGUGGGGCUUUCCUACGACGACAUCGGCGAUCUGUAUGCCGCCAAGAACGAUGGUAGGGAGUUGGAAGUCGGGUUCGACGAGACCUUCUCCCACAGCCUUCCCGAGGACGUGAACGAAUCGCACCGGAUGAUCAUCGUCGCGUCCGAGCUGGACCCUAGCACCGAGCGGAUCAUUACCUAUCUAAGCGGCAGGUAUGGGGUGCCAAUUAAUACGGUCUUCUUCCGUUAUUUCGGAGACAAUGGCAGUGAGUACCUCACGCGGUCGUGGCUGAUCGACCCGCAGGACGCCGAGGUGCAGACCAGCAAGUCUUCGGCUAAGAAGCGGCAAGAGCCCUGGAAUGGCCGCGAUUUCUACGUGUCGCUGGGAGAAGGCCCGCACCAGAACUGGGACGACUGCCGAAAACGGUAG